CAUCUAGCAGAAUUUUGCAAUCAUUACGGUCACCCACAUCAUCGUGGAACCAGCUCGGAACACCAUCGCUCUCGAGCUCUCGAGUUCGAUUAAUAUAGUCAAAUACGGAAGGUUUUUCAGUAUUUUUACACCACGAUAUUCCAAAGCGAUACAUUAGGCCCUGAUGCUACUAUAUGGUGAGAUUUAUUAACAGACUCACUGUUAUUGUCCUCCGCUGGAAGAGCUUUUGAGACUCCUUUUUGGAAGGGAUUGGCGCGCGGUGAAUUAUGAAAUCUUCCAUUGACUGUUCACGAUCAUCAACCGCGCUGCAAACAUCAUGCCAAUCCCAGAUCCCACAAAUCGUCGUUUUUGGCACCGUACAAAGUGGAGGAAAUACAGCUCUAUGAGCGGUACAGACUGGUUGGCGUAGAUGGUUGACAGAAUUUUUGCUAGUAUGAGCUUAUUUCACUGCAGAUGCACUACCAUAAAGAUGCUAAGCUGUUUAACAAUAAAUUCUGGGUUGGCUACUUUUUUUCCCAGUCGUCGUCAGUUGAAGCUGAAGGGCGCCGUCAUUAUUUUCGAUACAGACUGAGACCCAAACUUUUGAGGGAUGUAUCCAAGCGAGAUGUCCGCACCAGCAUCCUGGGCCAAGAGAUUGCCUUCCCUAUCGCCGUGUCUCCUACAGCAAUGCAACGAAUGGCACAUCCUGAAGGGGAGGUAGCAACCGCGAGAGCUGCUACAUCCCUGGGAACAGGUGUGAUCCUGAGCUCCUGGUCCACGUCAAGCAUCGAGGAAGUUGCUGCAGGCUGUUCACCCAAUGGCCCUCGCUGGUUCCAGCUCUACGUCUACAAAGACCGCGAUGUGGUCCGAGACCUAGUGAGGAGGGCAGAGAAGGAGGGUUACACAGCUCUGUUCGUGACAGUUGACACACCUAUACUUGGCCGGAGACUAGCUGACGUCAGGAACAAGUUUGCCUUGCCCUCACAUCUCAGAUUAGCCAACUUUAGCACAAAACAACAGCAUUCCAGCGGGGUGAAGAGCAUGCAAGAUUCCGGCCUGGCUGCCUAUGUCGCCUCCCUGAUAGACCCAUCCCUCAACUGGGAACACAUCGAAUGGCUGAAAAGCAUCACUUCCAUGCCCAUUGUUCUUAAGGGAAUACUCACAGCUGAGGAUGCCAAACUUGCUGUGCAGCACAACGUUGAUGGUAUCAUGGUAUCGAAUCAUGGUGCACGACAGCUCGAUGGUGUUUUGGCAACAAUAGAUGCAUUGCCUGAGGUUGUGGAGGCAGUCCGUGGGUCCAAUGUAGAGGUCUACUUGGAUGGAGGAGUACGGAGUGGCACUGACGUCUUCAAGGCUAUUGCCCUUGGAGCAAGGGCAGUUUUCAUCGGUCGACCUAGUCUCUGGGGACUUGCGUAUGAUGGUGAGGCAGGAGUGAGGAAGGUUCUUGAGCUCAUUAGAGAUGAAUUCAGCCUUUCAAUGGCCCUAUCAGGUUGCACCUCUAUAGCAGAUAUCACACCGGAUCUUAUACAGAAAGACAGAUUCCUUGUCAUGGCAAAAAUGUAACAUGUGACCAAGGGGGGAUCUGGGGGGGGGGGACCAAAGGGGGCCAUGCC